AUGUCGGAGGGAAAACAACAAUUCAAAGGCAGCAAUAAACAGCACAAGAGCUCCACAGAUCAGGACGAUGAUGCAGCCACAAUGGUACCACAAACUCUUACAUACUCACGCAACGAAGGUCAGUUCUUAAAUAAUAAUCUUUGUGGGCCAACUGAUGACCAUACCACAUUGUUUGAUGGUGAAGAAGGUCAUAGGGAAGAUGAUUUGCUGCCCUCAUUACGUACUUCCAGCUCCAAGGCUCAUUUAAUUUCUUCACAACUUAGCCAGUGGAAUUAUAACAACAAUAGGGUACUUUUGAAAAGGUCAAUAUUAAAGACACAAGCUUUUAUGGAUCAGCUUCAAGAAGAAAAUAAUAUUCGCCCGAUCUUUAUUGCUGCAAAUGAUGAGCGGGAAAAAUUACAUGUCCUACAAUUGAAUAUCAAGCUAGAUGGACAUUAUAGUACCAAAGAAAAGAAUAGUUUCAAUAUUGAGAAGAAAGCUCUAUCAAAAUUAUUUCAAUCUCAAAUCGAAUCAGUCACAAAUCAUUUAAAUGCGUUGAAAAAAAGAGUAGAUGAUGUUUCUUCUAAAGUAUUCAUCACAGGUGACGUCAAUACUGGUAAAUCAGCUCUUUGCAACUCUCUAUUGAAGCAGCGUUUACUACCCGAGGAUCAACUACCAUGUACCAAUGUAUUUUCUGAGAUAUUAGAGGCCCGGGAAAAUGACGGCAUUGAGGAAGUGCAUGCUAUACCAUUAAAUAUUGCUCCCACUCUUAAGGAAGCCAUUGAUAUGUACUCAAUACAAAAUCCAAAAACUUACGAAAUCCACACCUUGAAAGAACUCCCCAAUUUGGUUCCCCAAAACGAAAAAUAUGCGUUAUUGAAGAUUUACAUAAAGGACGAUAAAAGGCCUGCUUCCACUAGUUUACUGAGAAAUGGGACUGUUGAUAUCUCAUUGAUUGACUCGCCUGGGUUGAACAUGGAUUCGUUACAAACCGCCGAAGUAAUGUCCCGGCAAGAAGAAAUCGACUUGGUUAUUUUUGUUGUAAACGCAGAAAACCAGCUCACGCUAUCCGCAAAAGAGUUUAUUUCUCUGGCUUCUCGUGAGAAGAAAUUGAUGUUUUUUGUUGUUAAAAAAUUUGACAAAAUCAGAGACAAGCAACGUUGUAAGGAGUUAAUUUUAAAGCAAAUCCGUGACCUAUCCCCAGAAACACAUAAACGUGCAGCUGAUUUUGUCCAUUUUGUUUCUAAAAAUGGAGAUGAAAUGCCACAUUAUAAUAAUGGAAAUGACAAUGAAGAUCAUGGUGACGGAAAACCUGACGACGAUCCAUAUUCUAACAGCGAUCCAGAUCCGGACUUUGACAGUCUAGAAGAUUCAUUACGCAAUUUUGUUUUGAAGAAAAGAUCACUUUCCAAAUUGUUACCUGCUAAGACUUAUUUAUCGAAAUUAUUAAGCGAUAUAACAAUGAUUUCCAAGUCCAACAUGAAAAUGUAUAGUGAAGAAGAAAUAAAAAUCGACGAACAACUGGAAACAUUAAGACCUGAAAUACUAACCGCCAGAACAAAGUGUAAUGAUUUAACAACUUCUGUUGAUCAAAUGGCCGAGGGAACAAUUACAAUGACCUAUAACAAUACUAAAGAAGCGCUUCUCAAUGCGUUAGAUGUCCCACUGCACGAAUAUCCGAAAUACCAGGGUCUCGCACAAAUUUAUGACUUCAUAUUUUCAACAGAGGCGUUCAUAGCAAACCAGAUUGAUGAAUCAAUAAGUUUAAGUGAAUCGUUUGCCAAGCAAAAGACAGAUGCACUAGUAAAAAAGAUUUAUGAAAUCGGAAAAAAUGAACUUGGUGAUGAUUUCAUGUGUGAACGUGUUUUCAAAAGUGAAUUAAUGUUUAGAAAAAGAAAGCAUUUAAUAGGAAAAAGGCUAAGAGUAUCUUUGUCAAUAACUGAUUUGUUUGCUCCAAGUUGGAAGGGAUUUUUGUCCUAUUUAAGCUGGCAAAAACCUGUCACAGCACAGCUACCAGAUAUAGAAGGACAAACGAACGAGGAUCGGAAUAGCAUAAUGAAGUCUUUGGGCUUGAAAAAUUAUCCUUUGACACAAUACUGGUCAAGGCCAUCAUUACUCUUCACGUCAAAAAUUCCUACCCUAACACUAUACUUCCUUGGGAGUACAAAAGUCGUAGGUAACAUUAUAUUAAACGGUAUAAAAUUGUCAUCGUGGAGCUCACUCAAGAAGUUGUCAGUUCCGGUUGCAGUAGUAGGCUCCUUAUUGGGACUUACCUAUUUAAUUCAUGACCUUCCUCGUGCCUUACCAAUGAAUCUUUCCAGUAAAUACAAAAGAAAGCUGCAGGAACUAGACUACAUUCAUCUUAACGCUCAGAGAACCUCAAAUGAAGUACGUGAUGUUUUACGUGUACCCACGCGUGAAAUUCUAAGGUCGUGUGAAAUAAUUAUGGAUAAGAAACAGGUCACUAAGAAAGAAUUGGAAAGCAAAAAAGAAAAUAACUCGCUAUCGAUCAAAUUCUUCGAAUCAUUAUACGAAGGAACCAUGGCUCAAAAAUUAAUGGUGGAGGAAAUAAAUCUAGAUAUCGAUUAG